AUGGCUAGAGGAAAUAAAGUCAGAGGAUCUAAUACUUCAGAUCAGCUGAAAAAUAUUCGCUCUUCUGUUUCUGGAUCUAAUAAUCAGAACUAUUUUCGAAUACAAAUCCCGAGCACACGUGCAAUAUCUCGACCAAAGGGAUUCGCUAUGACGGAUAGUUUAAAGCUAUACGAAGAACAAAUUUUCAGCCAUUGUCAACCCCACCAACGCCCUCAAUCGUGGUGUCUAGACUUUGAUCAACCAAGAGAUGAGCCUAACCCGGUGGAUGACUCACAUUCUAGUUCCCCAGCGUCUACUGUAUCUUCAUCAUUCUCUUCUUCUUCCUCAUCAGAUACUUCUCAGUUAUUAUCGCAAAACCACGCCGAUCUCAGAAGGAUGAGGAAUCUUCCUUACUAUACUCCUCCUGCUCAACCACGAAACUUUCCACGGUACUACCAAAAUGAUCCUGUUGUUACUUCGUCCAGUGGAUACAUGGUAAGUGAGGCUACAACUCCUACAAGUUGUGAACCAGCUGGUCGGCGUUUGACUGAAAUAGAAAAAGAAACCCGUUCACGAAGUAGCAGUAAUAGUAGUUCAAAUCAAAGGUGCCACAAUACUACUAGUAAUAGUCAUCACAAUACUGGUGACAAUUCUGUACACUCAAAACAUGCCAAUCAGGCAAUUUCUUCGAAUGUUACCAGUCAGCAUUAUCGUACUACACAAAAUGUUAAUCUGAUUCAUUCAAGUCCGAUAUGUUGUAAUUCACAGUCAGAAUCGAUUCAAACAAAUUCCAGUUACGAUACAGUACGUCCAAUAAAUUUAUCGCCGGGUAAAUUACGGUCAAGCUUCGUAUUAAAUCGACCAAGUUUACCUCUGAAAAAUGAUUCUGUAAAUGGUAAACCGACUCCUCACCCCGCUUAUCCUCGUCAUCAUUCGUGUGAUGAGAAUUCUUCACAACCUUCAGUUUCGGAACUCAGGAAGUUAUCAUUGGAUGAACCUUCUUCAAUCGAAGAUAAUACUAAUAAUGUUGAUAAGCAUUCUUCUCCUACUAGACUGACACCAUCACCUAUUGUGUUUUCUUCAUCGAUUAGUGAUCGUUCAGAUAACAAUAAUACUGCAGUACCACCGCCUUUGUUUGCUGACCAUCAGGAUGUGAUCACUUCGCCUAUUGUAGCUCCAUCUACAACUAGUUCUCCUGAUAAUUCAGAUGUUGGUGGAAUAAAUGAAAGAAGAGAAGGGGAAGAAGAAGAUGGUAUUCAAAGCAGAUCAAUAUCUCCUGUGUGUAGUUCUUUUUUACUGCCUCCACCUGUUCCAUGGAAUUUAGAUUUAUCCUCUGAAGUGGAUGAGACAACUCCAAGUUUGUUUGUAGACAGAAAACAAAUCAUUAUGAAUAAUAACUGUAAAAAUGAAGCAAAUAAUGAAGAUAAAUUUAAUGAUCUAGCCGUUGAUGCAUCUCAUCAUCAAUAUUUCUGUCAUAAUGUUGAGAACAGUCAUUCCAAGUCACGAUGUCAAAGUAAAGAUUCUCUCUUAUCAGAAGAUAUAUGCUGCUUGGAAGACUCAUGUGAUAAUAAUAAUAAUAAUAAUAAUAAUAAUAAUAAUAAUAAUAAUAAUAAUAAUGGUCGAAAUCACAAUCAUAAUAACGAUUCACCUGAACUGUCACCAACGCAUCAUUUAGAUUUCGAUAGUAGUAUUGGAAUUUCAGAUGUUAGUGAUAGUAACACAUAUGCAUUCAGCACUUUGGAUUCAGAGUGCUUAGCAUGGAUGCGUUUAAGUGUACGUGAUGUUACAAAUCGUUUCAUUGAGGAGAUAGAUUCAUCAUCGGCAUUAGAACUACCUGAUUUGGAUACAUUGUCUCGACCAUGUGUUCAUCAUUGGGUAGAUAUAUUCAACUCAAAUCCUUUGGGUUUAAGACUAAACUUUGUGGAUGACUCAUGUCGACUUGCUGGCACUUUACGCAUUUACAUAAAUCUUAUUAAACCGGUGAAAAUGUCUUUGAGACGUACAUUAGAUAUGCUUCCAUCAAGCAUGACAACAUCACCUGAACCAAAUAGUCCAUUUAAGGGGAAUUGCAAUGAUAGCGGAAAUGAUGCUAUUCCGUCACCUCCACGUUUAGUCUCAUUCUUUUUGCCUAGAGGUACCUCAAAAGUUGUUUAUGUGACGAGUUCCACAACUUCUACGAAUGCUAUUCAAUCAUUGUUGGAUCGAUUUCAUAUUCAGGAGUCUGCACGUAAAUUUGCUUUAUAUGAACAUACAUUGGAAAACACUACAAUUAGUGCUCGAAAACUGUCCACCACUGAAUGUCCACUGUUACUGUUAUUAAACUGGGUUCGUACAAGUACAAGUCGUGACAGUUUCUUAGAAGUACUCAAACAAAAACGCAUUGUACUACAAGAAAAUGAUGCCUGUGAUAUAGAGUGGAAAGACUUCACAAUAGCAGAACUGACUAACUUUCUACGUAUACUUGAUAAAGAGGAAUCAGAGUAUCGUAAUGCUAUUCUUUAUCAGUACAACUUGUUGCGCAUUCAGUUAGAACAGCGUAUGAAACAGUUGUUGAUCAUAAGUCAUCCUCAUCAUCAUACAGAUGACUACAAUGCUAUUGAUGAUUCAUUGAAUAAUGAUACUAAUGGACCUGUAUAUUCACGAUAUUAUUCUCAUUCACAUCCUCAUGCUCUAGAUCAUACUUCUGGUGACUGUCAGUCAUCGCUUGUACAACAACAUUGUAAUUGUCAUUGCUCACAUUAA